AUAUUGUUUACGAAGGCUGGAGUGAGUGUGAGGCUGCAGGACCUGUGGUAGGGGAGGGUCAGGUUUUCAGGAGAGGUGAUAAGGGUGACAUCAAAAUGAUUGGUUCCAUCAGACCUUUAUGUAGGUCAAGUCAUAGGUGUUCUCUUCAGUCUCUGGCCCUCUUGUCCUCCAGGGCUGCGGGGACGAGCUCACUACUGCCACAUAUCCCUCACCCAAGGUUAAAGUGGUGCAGCCUCCACACUGGCACCAGUAGUCAACAGAGCUCAGGAAGGGACCCUCCACCAGCGAGAAUGAAAGUGUUUUACGUUCCUAAUCCUUUUAAGUGGCUUCACAAUCGUAUGGAAAUAGCCACACUGAAGAGAGAAUGGGAUCCCAGCUUUGACGAGGAGUUCUUCAAGUUUGGUGCUGCUCAGGCUGUGUGCACUAUCUCGGAGCUUGUUAGCAGACGUGAUUGGGGUGAUCUCUGUGGUCUUCUCUCACAGAAAGCCAUGGACAAAAUCCGGAGAACAAAGUGGACCAGCGAUCAGGUCAACAAUCUCGUACUAUCCCCAGAAAAUGUUCAAGUCACUCAGAUCAACAAUGUAACUCUUCAGACAGUUGUUGACCGAAAGUAUUGUGAUAUUGACGUAACGAUGAUAGGAACUCGGGUGCCGUAUAACCUGGACAAACAUUCUGUCAUCGUUCUGGAAUACUUUGCCAGGUUUCACCGAGAAUACACAGAAGGGAAGCUACCAGAUUGGACCAUUACCAGGUUUAGGCUUCAGAACUUUCAAGCGAUAGUACGAAGGGAAUAGCGGAUACAACACCUUCAUAAAACUACAGCACGGUGAAACUUCCACUUUACGGACUAUGUUGGAGAGGAUAGUCCGUUAUAUCGAGGUCCGUUAGAUGUGAAACCGUCAUCUAAUGGACUAUAUGACUAAAGAUAGUCCAUUAUAUCGAGGUCCAUAAUAUGUGAAGCCUUCAACUAAAGGACUACAGUAGUGUAUAUGUAAUGGGAGAGCCCAUUAUAUGUAGGUUUCACUGUAUUAAACACAAUUAUCAACACAGAUAUAUAUAUAUAUAUAUUUAUGGGAGGCUCCUGUCCAUAAGCUAUAGUAGAUAUUGUGUACAGUAUUAUAAGCUAUGAGUAAAGAAUUUUGUGCUUGA